GUGAAAGAUGCUGAAACUCCUCAAGAGCCAAAGGAAUUCAGGUUGCCAAAAGGCCAACAAUUUGACACGAUGAAUAUGAACAUUCCCAGAGGCAAAAUUUCCAUUGAAGAGGCAUUGACACUUCUCAAUAAUCAUAAACUUUAUCCAGAAAAAUGGACUGCUGAGAAAAUAUCAGAAGAAUACCAUCUGGAACUGAAAGACGUAAAUUCCCUUCUCAAAUAUUUUGUUACCUUUGAAGUCAAAAUCUUUCCUCCUGAAGAUAAGAAAGCAAUACAAUCAAAAUGAAGAAAAUCUUGGAAUUACUUUUGCUAUAUAUUCUCCCAUUCCCAUACCUUGUUUCUUAUUUUUAGCAUAUAUAAAUUACUGAAUGUUUAAAGCUUC